CGCACAUAAAGAAGGUAUCGCCUGCCUACCUACCUGGGGGGGGCAUGACAAGCAUACAUGUAUACAGCCCCUUUUAGGUUUUAGCCUUCAAUAUUCUUUUCUCCUUAUUAUUUUCUCCUAAUUAUUUAUCAACCAUGGAAUCUCCACUUCACCUUCUCAUUCAACAUCCAUUCAACCCACCAUUACUAGGUCCGGUUGACUUACAUUUAAUUCGGCCCCGCGCAAUCCCGAUGACAACUUUCUGUUCCGAAUUGUCUACGGAACCAUCUGAGUCUGAGUCUGAGUCUGAGUCUGACACCAAGUCGGACUCCUCAUCGGUUAUUUACGUCGACCAAGAACCACUCAUUACUUUCCAAGUUCGCGUUCUUGACUUUGCUCUUCACAAGAUUUGGCCCGAUGCUGCCUCCGACGAAAUCGUUGUGGAACGCAUGGUCGGAGGCGGAUUCAACCGUAUCAUCGGCGUUUCUUGGCAGCCGAGGGGAAACCCCGAGCCUCUGAGCCGAUACAUUCUGCGCAUCCCUCGGUAUGCUGACCAGCCCGUAGCCAGCCAAGUUACCAUACUACAAUUUCUAGUUCAAUACUGCAGAAUCCCCGCUCCAUUAGUGGUUGAUCACGAUGACACCGACAACAAUGAGCUCGGCUCGAAAUAUAUGAUCCAGAAUCGUGUACCGGGAUCCUCCCUACUUUGGUCCUAUCCUGCACUUACUCAUCCGGAACGAUGCAAGGUCGCGCGAGAGCUAGGCAGUGUUUUCAGGGAAAUGCUAGCCACCUCCAGUACUGCGUCUGGAGUCUUGGUGCCAUCGACAGAUAAGUCGGCGCCUCUAAGUGUACUAUCGUGGCAUCAACCAAACACUGCAUUAGCUGUAGAGUAUGCUAAAUCCUCGAUUCCGCAAGACAUCCACAAGAUACUGGAGGAAAUUUUCACAAACCAAAAGCAUUCCGAAUUGAAAGAACGGCCAAACGCCAUCAUCAGACCGCAUCUCAUAGACUGUUUCUGCAUGAUGUCUUCAGAAUUGGCAGCAGACGGAUGGUUCUCGAAUUGCCGUAUCUCGUUGGCACACCUCGACUUGGAGCCCCGUAAUAUACUCGUCAACCCGGACCCUAAUUCGGAUCGACCUAUCAUAUCCGCCAUCGUCGACUGGGACAGUGCCGUCUUCGCUCCACAGUUCAUGUGCUGUGCGCCACCUCUGUGGUUAUGGGCGUGGAAGGAUGACGAAGAUGAAGACGAACGCACUGCUAAUGAUGUGCCACCAACACCAGAAGCGCGCCAGAUUAAGCAGCUCUUCGAAGAGGCUGCUGGUUCAGACUACAUUCGGUUUGCCUAUCCGUCUGCUUAUCGGCUCGCGAGACGGCUUGUUCGGUUCGCAAUUGAUGGAUUGAAAUCCAACGAGGACUACGAGAACGCCGAGGAUAUGUUGGAGGAGUGGAAAACGCUGAGCAGCUGCGAGUCCGGCCUUGUCUCCUUGAUGGAGCAGCACAAUAAUGACGGCACCCCUACACAGAGCGAGUGGGGUGCUUCUCUAGACGACGACGAUGAUGAUGCCGAUAUAUGGGAGCAGAGUGAUAUUUUAGGGCAAGAUGAACUCACCAUUGACGAAGUCGAGGAGCAUACUACCUUUCAAAAUUGUGCCACUGGCGCCUAGCAAGCUACAUAUACCACUACUCAGCAGGAUGAAAGUACUGGUGCUUGGCGGGACUGUUGCGGUAUCGAAUGGUGUUCUCUGAAAUGAGCGUACCUACCUAGGGUAGUUACCCAUGCCCUAGUACUGUUAAAAGCGUACCUAUCUACGUGGCUACCUAGUAUUCAGCGAUCUGAUUUUUAAAGUAGUUAAGCAUAGCAUAUCAGGCGACCGAAUACCAUGUAUAAUGAUAAUAAUUGAGAAGAAAAGUGUAUUUAUGAGGGACAUUAAUCG